UCGUCGGCGACGCUACAUUGCGUCUCUGUCGAAGCCAGGUUGGCCACCCACACCGGACCCAAAGGACUUAACUCCUUCCGCUUCGUCUCGAGUAAAUCAGUGAAGAGAGAGAUAAUUGUUUUGAAGAGUGGAGAUUCAUUGCAAAACAUGUGGCGAGUGCGCUGCCGAUUGCAGCUACCAGUGGAUUGUUGAGCUCUUCUUACAUUGUGGUCGGUAAUUUUUUGCUCGUGUGACCCCGGCACAGUCAGCGAUGACCUCGUUCACCGGAAGGCCCUCGGUGGCCACCGCGUCGCUCCUUGUUGUCGUCUUGUUCGCCAUCCUCGACUCAGGCAACACUCUGCAGCGGGACGCGAGCAAACACAAAGACGGCAGCACCAACUCGGCCAAUGCCCUCGAUGCAUCCAGAUUGCUGCCGCAUUUCGACAAGGCUGCCUCGAAGAACGUGACCUCGCUUUUGGGCAAGACCGCCUAUCUCAACUGCAAAGUCAAGAACCUCGGCAACAAAACCGUCUCGUGGGUGCGGCACCGCGACAUCCACCUGCUGACCGUGGGCCGGUACACGUACACGAGCGACCAGCGCUUCCGGGCCAUCCAUCACCCGCACUCGGACGAGUGGACGCUCCAGAUCAAGUACCCGCAGCACCGCGACUCGGGCGUCUACGAGUGCCAAAUCAGCACCACGCCACACAUGAGCCACUUCAUUCAUCUCAAUGUCGUCGAGCCGACGACCGACAUCAUUGGAUCGCCGGACCUGUACAUAGACCGCGGCAGCACCAUCAACCUGACCUGCGUCGUGCUGUACAGCCCAGAACCUCCAGCCUACAUUUUCUGGAACCACAAUGAUGCGAUCAUCAGCUACGACUCAACGCGGGGCGGGGUUAGCGUGAUCACCGAAAAGGGUGAGACCACGACCAGCUUUCUGCUCAUCCAGCGGGCCAAGUCUUCCGACUCGGGCAAGUACACGUGCAACCCGUCGAACGCGCAGCCCAAGAGCAUCAUGGUGCACGUGCUGAACGGUGAGGACUCACCCAGAGAGUUUCCGGCGGCGAUGCAGCACGGAGGUCAAGCGCACCACCGGUCAUCGCGGCUCUACUGCUUGAUAUUCUGCGUGUGUCUGUUGCUGUUAAGCCCUUAACACUUCGGCCAUCACUCAAGGGACUCGAUGUAGAUGGGCAGGACGAGAGAAACAAAAGAGUGCGAGUGAGUGAGUGUGAAGAAGAGUCCAGUCUCAAGGAAGAGCGCCGCUAAAAAAAAAGAGGGUGAAAAGGGAAGCAGCGGUGAGAACAAGAUGGAUUAGCGCGUACUCGCCGGAAUAAAAAGCAUAAAAAUAAAAAUUAAAAAAGUAAAAAAAUGAGAAACACAGGGACAGACUGAGCAGGUGUAACGUCCGUGAAUUGUGUCAUGGGAUUCUUGGUUCACCCCCCAUUAAUAAAAAUCAGCGAGCAGGCAGCGGCGUGCACGAUUUUUUUCCUCAGCUUUUAUCUCGUCGAUGUGGCUGUGCCAGAGCAAGAUGAAAAAUGUACAUGCGUGAAUUAAAAAAAAGAAUGUCUCCGUAAUCAGUGUGAAACGUUGUGCGUCGCAGGUGACGCCGAGAUGAUGAACAACUUUUACUUAACCUUACAUACUAUAGCGGUGGAAACGAGCACGAGCAGGCGAUUUCCAGCGAUUCUUUAGUGAGAAUGUGCAAAUCGACGCACUGAGUGUUAAAUUUCAAAUUCAGGUGUUGCCCGGCGGGUUCUUCAACAUGCAUAAGCCCCUAUUUUUUCUCACUCCCGUGUCAAAUGUUUAAAUAACGAGGAAAUAUUACGUCCAUUGCUGCCAAGCUCUUCUUGUUAUUAUUUAAAAAUAUUCAAAUUGCAUGCGAGGUUUUCGUAACCUGUUGUGUCGUCAAGAUAGAUUACAACUCGCAUAUAGACACUCUAUUUGCAACUCUUUUGCAUUUCAAAUUUUGAUUCGUCCGCAUCUGAGGUUAAAGGAUUUGACCUGUUCACUUCUAUAACUCACUUAUGUUUUCAAUUAAUUUAUAUUCAAUUUUUUUUACUUCCAAAACUUUUUUUAUAAACUGAUAGGUUUCUGUAGCAGUGUUGAAACAAUAUCUCAAAAUUUUUGCAACUAACCAACUCUAAUAACUAUAAAAUUCUCAUUAAAUAAUUUUCCAAACUUUAAUUAUGAAAUAAAUUUAAUCUGGGGCAAGACUGUGCUGGUUGGUUAUAUAUCUCGCGUUAUUAUAACCAUGCUCAAAUUUUAUAGCGCAAAAGUAAGCGUCCUUCUCUCUCGGUCGCAAAUUCUGCAGGCUAAUAAUUCACAGAUUAUGCUCAGUUUCAGCAGUUUGCGUUUCGAGUCGCGAUAAAUCUGGGACGAUCCUGACGCGCGGGUUAUAAAAACUUUGUCGUGCAAUAUGUUAAUGUCGGCAAUGGACGAGCACAUUAACAUAUACGCCCUCCCUAUCUUGAAGAAUUUUGCUUCAUUUCGCCCCUUCUUUGGCAAAAUUAGAGGCGCAUGGAAAAUUCAAAUUAAACAUUGUUGUCAAACAAGUACAUAAAUGUAAAAAGAUUGAUUAAAUAAAAAGAGAGGAGACAUAUUAUCACGUUGUUACCAAAGAGAAGAAGUCAAUCUCUCUUGUGUAAAAUGAAGCAAUUAACUCGUCGCAUGAGAGAGAGAGCAGAUUAAUGUUUGGUGUUUUUGCAGUCCGUUCGCAUUUCUACCUUGAUUCCUUCUCGUUUCCUCUCAUCAGCAAGCGUUCUUUGUACUCACGCGGAAUGUAAUACAAACUUCAAGACCUGGGGCAUUGAAUGCUCGCUCGGUUGCAUGACCGGAUUCAUAGCAAAAACUACCUGCCAACUCUCGAGCAGGGGGUUGUUAACUUUUAAUUUGGUGCAUUUGUGUGUCUGUGUAAUAAAUCACGAAUUCAAUGUAUCGAUCUUUUCCCCCGAAGGAAGGUAUUUGUAAUCUUCCCUCGACUACUGUAAGGGUAAUAAUUGAAUUUUCCUAGAAUAUGAUAUGAUUUCAAAAGUCGCCCUGUCUCGAACUUUUUUAAAAGUCACUUUCGUUUGUGAUUCUUCUUCCAUAAGCACAAAAGUUUGACAACGCUGACUCUUUUUAAUGAUGUGAACGUUUUCUACUUUCAAAAUGAUGUACCUAAAACAAACGUUUGCUGUAUAAACAAGAGGAAAAAGAAAGCGCCGCCGCGGGAAAGCUGCGCCGAUGAACGUUUUAUGCUGAACUCAUUACUUAUUAUACAAAAAUACGAAAACACACACACACACACUUGAUCUUCUUGUAUAAGUCUAAACUCGGUAAAAAGCAAGAAAAAAAACCAAAACCCUCACUCACACUAUACCUAUAAUUUCUAUAAAAUAAAAUGUGAACCCGUACGUACAUAUAUAUUUAAUAAAAUAAUAAAAAACAGGACAAAAGUGGCGAUUGUGAGAAAGUAUAAAAAUAUAAAUAUCCAUAACGCGAUGCUCAUUACGACGUGUGUGCGAGUGCGAUGUUAAUUAAGCGGGUGCGAUGCGCGAGAAUGUGUAAAAAGGAAAUCGAUGUCUGCGUGUUUAUUCUCAUUCUAGUCACGGACGAUGAGUUGCAUUAUUAAAUACGACACACGCAAAAAAAAAAUAUACUACAGGAAUGCUGUACAUUAUGAAAUACAUACGAAAAAAAAUGUGUACGUGGAAUGAAUUCGGGUGCUUCGGGUUUCGUGUGCAAGGGACCAUGCAGAGUAAUCGUGCGUUUUGUUUUUAACUCUCUCCUGUUCACUGUAUUUAUUUGUGGCGCAAAAAAUUCAAAAACGCUAAAAUAAAAACGAGCAAACACAUUCCUUUGUUGAAUAUUUAUUGCGCGCCUCACGCGUGACGUGCGAAUGUACUCAAACAAAAACUAUAAUGAAUUAUACAACCUCUUUUCUGUAUUUUUUACUUUUGUGGUCAUAUAUAUAGUUAUUUCCGCCCGUGCAAUGUUCACGGCAGUAAAUUCCGAUGAGGCCUACGUGCUAAAAAACACAUUUUCCGAGAGAAAGAUGUGUGCUGGAUUUCUCAAAUCCAUCUGUGCGCUGAGAUUUGACAAAAAUGUUUUGGUGUCACCGUAGAUGAUUUGUGUAUACUUCUGGGUGUUAUCUCUCUCACUGGUUCUCUUAUCACCACCGUUCAUUUCCGCUGAAUGUCUUCUUUUUAGGUACUUUUCUACUGCUACACUCAGACUUGCCUUUAAAUAAAAAUUUAUGAUUACAUAACAGUCAUGAAUUUUGGUUUCAUCAUGAAAAUUAGUGAAAAAUAUUUUAAAUACAAAGCAUUAAUUCUAAUCAUUUGUCAUUUUGGCGCUUCAAUUUAUAUUCUAUAAUAAUUUAAAAUAAAUCCAAUUCAUUACUAUUUUCAUUUGCUUUACUUAAUGGCAAAGGUUUGUGUGUAGUGACAAUCAUUCAGAAUAAUAAUGAGCCAUUCGCAUCAACUCCGAUUGACCUUCUCACUGUAUAUUUGUUAUACUCAUGGUAUUCAGUCAACAUCGUUAUUAUCGGAACAAUAUUUUGUCUGCUGAGUAUGUUUGAAUGAAAAUAAACGUUGUAAA